AUGGCAUUAGCCCUGUGUCUGCAGGUGCUGGGCAGCCUGGGAGGCUGGCUCUCCCUCUACUUUUCUUGCUGCCACGUGAAUAAGCACCGGAGCUACGAGUGGAGCUGCCGGCUGGUCACACUCGCCCACGGAGUCCUCGCCAUAGGCCUCUCGGCGUACAUUGGCUUCAUCGACGGCCCGUGGCCCUUCACCUACCCAGGCUCACCCAAUACACCUCUGCAAGCGCACGUCCUGUGCCUCACCUUGGGCUACUUCAUCUUCGACCUGGGCUGGUGCCUCUACUUCCGGUCGGAGGGCGCCCUGAUGCUGGCACACCACACCCUCAGCAUCCUGGGCAUCACCAUGGCCCUGGUGCUGGGAGAGUCGGGCACAGAGGUCAACGCGGUCCUCUUUGGAAGUGAGCUCACCAACCCCUUGCUGCAGCUGCGCUGGUUUCUCCGCGAGACAGGGCGCUACCACGGCUUCGCUGGCGCCGUGGCGGACUUCCUCUUCGUGGCCCUGUUCACGGGAGUGAGGAUUGGCUUGGGAGCUCGCCUCCUUUUCUGCGAGAUGGUCUCCCCCAAGCCCCGGUGGUUCAUGAAGGCCGGGGGGGUGGCCCUGUAUGCCGUGUCCUGGGGCUUCAUGGUGAGCAUCUGGCGCUUUGCCUGGAGGAAAAGCAUCAAGAAGUACCAGGCCUGGAGAAGCAGGCGGGGCGAGGAGCCGCAGCGGAAGCGAAACGGGCACCUCAGGGCGCACUAG